AUGUCCCAUGCAAACAUUGCGAAAAAUGUACAACUAUUCGACAAUGAUAUCGCCAGUGCCUUGGCCGUAAAGAAACCAUACGUCUUCGGGGAGACCAACUCAGUUUCUGGAGGAGGCGCGGCAAAUGUUUCUCCAACAUUUGGUGCGGCUCUAUGGGUGAUGGAUUAUUCAGUGCGCUUGGUCGCCUCUAAUGUCUCUCGCAUAUACUUCCACCAUGGAACAAUUGGUAACAACCCCUAUAGCUUUUUCGGGCGCUACUCUAUGGGCAACCCCUAUGUGGGUGCGUACACGGCCACAGCCUUUCUAGCUGGAGCCAAGCACGUAACAGCUUUGGACGACGGCAAGUCCGCCUUCGCAGCCUACGUCGCCUUUGAUGCCUCCGGUGCGCCUCUACGUGCGCUUCUAUAUAACUCCAACUAUUUUGGGGGCUCUGGAGCACGAAAUACCGAGUCCUUCGUUCUUAAUGGAGUCUCUGGCACCAGGGUUCGCUCCAAACGAGUGACCGCGGCGAGUGCCGAGGCAAGACAAGAUCGGGGCGGGAACGCAUCUAUUGGGGGGCAAUAUUUCAACAACGGCACCUGCACCACCGGUGGAGCAGAGACAUUUGAGACGACGACAGUUUCGGACGGCCGGGCAACAUUCAAUGUCGCAGCUAGCGAGGCUCUCUUGGUAUACCUCCAGUAG